CCAUGUACGGAACAUGCACAAACAGUGACCAAUACGGAUGUCGCAGGGAGGGAAAGAAUGGUAUUUUGCCUCCGGUCAUGUCCGGCCGAAUCAACAGCAUUGCUUCCAUGAAGUAUGGCACAGUGGAAAUCAGAGCUAAAAUCCCUCUUGGAGACUGGCUCUGGCCCACCAUCUGGCUGUGGCCCAAAGACAGCAAAUAUGGCGGCUGGCCCAAAUCCGGAGAAAUUGACAUUAUGGAAUCCAGAGAACGACUUGUGACAAUCAGGAAGUUUUGAGAGUUGAUCCUGGUAGCAGCUUCUGGAGUUAUGGAGGUUUCGGCGGGAACAACAUAUGGAGUUCUGGAGGAAAAAUGGCCCCCUUUGACCAGGAAUUCCACAUGAUCCUGAACGUGGCGGUCGGCGGCACCAACGGCUACUUCCCAGACGGCACGUACAAUGGCAAGAACAAACCCUGGACCAACAACUCUCCGCAAGCCAUGGAGCAGUUCUGGAACGAUCACAACAACUGGCAUAAAACAUGGAAUGGCCACAACUCAGCUCUCAUUAUCGACUAUGUGGAAUUCAAGAGCUUGCACUAAUCGAAUCUUUUCCUGAUUUAUGGCUAGUAAUGCUUGGGUAAUCUUGAAAUAAAGAAGAAGAAAAAUAACUUUUUACAUGUUCACAACUGGCCAUUCGCAAUGAUGAAAUCCGUUGAAGAACUAAAAUGUGCAAGUAGAUAAAUACAAUAAGUGUACAUUUUCAAAAUCUGCCAUCAGAUACAUUGUACCCAAGGCGAGAAAAUGAGUCUGCUGUUUGUGCCGAUCUUUCUCACUUCAGUGAACCUUAGCGCAAGUCAACCACCUGAA